CCAGACUUGGGGAGAAGGCUUCUCCUGAUGAUCAGGUCCUCUCCCCUAUCCUACUGAUUCCACUGUUGUGACAAAUAUCAACGUUAAAUCUGAUGAGAGUCAACAACAACAAGCAAAAAGGCAACAUUUAUUCGAAAGAACUAUUCUGACCAGCCAUGCCGGGGUUUGCUGUUAAACGUAAGGGAGGCAGGAUUGAACCCAAAUACCUGUGUACCAUCUGUGCGUUAUUGCUCUGUGAACCAAAACAAACACCAUGUGGUCAUCGGUACUGUCAAUCCUGUGUGGAGGAUCUCGCAAGGAGUGGGAGACGACGAUGUAGAGCUCGCGACUGCGGCGAGGACAUAAGGCUUCAAGACGUGUAUCCCGACAAAGCCAUAGAAAGGGAGAUACUGAGUAUAGCAAUUUUCUGCAGCAAUGUCGAAGAUGGCUGUAAAUGGGAAGGCAUUGUUCGUCAUCUUAUGGCACAUCUUUCAGAAUGCGACUUCGAGAAGAUCACAUGCAUCAACGCCGGCCAAGGCUGUAAGGUGUUAAUAUGCAGGAAGAACCUGGCCAACCAUCUACAGUCUGACUGUGAAUAUAGACCUGUAACGUGUCAGUGGUGUCAAGAAACAACUCCUCAUAAGGAACACAAGGAUCACAGACAGACCUGCCCAGUUGCCCCAGUACAGUGUGACUGGUGUGGUAAGAAAGGUCUGACUCGGGCUCAGAUACAAGAGCAUCAACAACCCGAGACAGGAGACUGUCCCAAAAUGAAGAUAGCUUGCAGCUUUGAACACAUGGGGUGCAAGGAAAAAAUGGAGAAGAGGCAACUGGCCGAGCAUCUAAAGAAGUCAGUUCAAAAUCAUUUGAACAUGACUAAGACCUACAUUGUCAACUUUUAUUCCAAUUUCGAACACCAUCGACAGCAAGAGGUUGAGUCGCGCGAAAAUAUGAGAAUCCUUCUUCCACGGCUAGAAAAGGACAUUAAAGAUGUUGAUGGAAAAAUUGCAGAAAUAGAAAGUAAGCUGUCAGGCGAGCAAGCAUCGGGAGCUGCUUCGUCAGGCGGCAACAAAACUCUAGAAAACCGGAUUGAGCAGGAACGUGCGAGGGUGGAGGAACUGAGGAGGAAAAUAGCUGCAUGGGAGACAAGGGUCGGCACGUUUGAGGGGAUUGUAGCGGUUCUGAACCGCGAGAUAGAAAAAUGUAGUUCUCAAAUGGAGGCGUACGAACGGCAACGUCGUCAGGACAGGGAGAUCAUCGAAACUCUGGAGAGGAAGGUCAGGUCUCUGGAAAGGAUCAUCGCUCUGAAGGACGUUGCCCUCGCGGAACAAGACCUCCGGAUCCAGACGCUAGAGAUGACAUCUUACGACGGCGUCUUGACUUGGAAGAUCGCAGACUUCACACGUAAGCGUCACGACGCCAUUACGGGGAAGACAGCAAGUUUCUACUCGCCAUGUUUCUUCACCAGCCGUACAGGGUACAAGAUGUGCGCCCGGAUCUACCUGAACGGAGACGGGAUGGGGAAGGGCACUCAUGUCAGCCUGUUCUUCGUCGUCAUGAGGGGGCACUACGAUGGACUACUGCGCUGGCCGUUUAGACAAAAGGUAUCUUUCAUGUUGGUGGACCAGAACAACCGAGAAAACGUGACGGACGCGUUCCGUCCUGACCCGACCAGCUCGUCCUUCCAGCGGCCCACCAGUGACAUGAACAUCGCCAGUGGAUGUCCGCUCUUCGUGCCGCUCAGUCAACUGGACAGCAGCAGCCAUGGUUACGUCAGAGACGACACCAUGUUUCUGAAGAUCAUUGUGGACACUUCAGACCUUUAAUUGAGCAAUCUAACGUUAGUAUUCAGGGCUGCUCCAGGGAUUGCCCGUAAACUCGUUACGGACAAUAACUGGGACAGCCCUAAGUACUUUCUAUGAAAGGUCACAAAAACGUUUCCACGAAACUAAAAAGUAAAUGACCAAAGGUUUUCCGUGGGGUCGUGUAGGGUAACUGCGGGGUAUUUUGCCCAGAUGUCCUGGAUUCAGAUCCUGUUUUGCUACGUAUACCGAUCUUGUGCGCUUGGGAAAUGCACUUAACACGACUUUCCUCACUCAACCCAGGUGUAAAAAUGGGUACCUGACUUUGGUUGGGGGGUGGAAGGUGGUUGGGGGAGAUUCUCUCGUAAAAUUACAGCAUAUGUGGAAAUGCGGACACCGCACAACCUGUCUGACUCGGAGCAUAGCUGCUCUAUGUGCCAUAUUCCCACCAUUUAUACGUCAAUAUAUUUAUACGAUCAUACGCACUGCUCCCAUAAAGUGACACAAAUGAACUGUUGUGAUAUUUUUAAGUUCUCAAAUGUAUCCUAGUUUUUAUAUAUUCUAUCCUAGAAUGUUUAGUGAGGUGCUAUAUAAGGCGCUAUAUAUAUAAUGCUCGUACCAGUUAAAUCUAAGACAACACUAGAUCUAAAACUUAACCAGUUAAAUCUAAGACAAUACUAGAUCUAAAACUUUAAAUGAUGUCAAAAUUAGCAUGAUUUUAACUACCCGACCUAAGAUACAUGUGUCAUUUCAUCAUGUAGCACUUGUGCAUUGAGUUUAUUUCGCAGCGUUUUCUUCUUUUUGAUUGUCGUCCAAAUGUUUAUUCCAAUGACUCAGAUUUUGAAUUCCUAUACAUUUUGAGUAGAGUAGAGUAGAUUAUAGAUUGUUUCGGUCUGGUACAUGUACAUGGCUGCGGUAGGCAUGUAGGCACAUUUAGCGCCUGUUUAGGCCGCUCUUUAGUUGAUUGUCAUUGUUGGCCUUUGUAGAUGGCCCAAUACUUUAUUGGUGAAUACAACGACUGGGUCUGACUCCAUGUCUUUGUAAACUCUUUAUUGAUCAAACGUGUUGAAUUAGGCGAAAUUCCUCCGGUAGACUAUUCCACCGUGUGUUGGUUCUUGGCAUUGUUCUUUGUAUUUUCAGAUGCCUGUUUGUCUUUAUAAUCCUACAGUGUACUGACUUAUUCAUUAGAUAAUUUGGCCCGAUAACAGUUGGCUAAAACCUGAAGUCUGUGUGCACAAAUGUGAUACAAUGUUUCUAUAGAUUUUAGUUCUUUUUAUGAUCAAUGUCUAUCAACAGCUAAUCACAUGAUGUACGUAGUUAUAACUUUUCAGAAGAAAAAACAUUAUAAUUCAGAGAUCUAAAUGUAAUGUCAUUAUGAAAACAUUACGGUGAUGUGUAUGUUUAUCUGUAAAGUAAACUCGUCUGUAGGGUUGCCUAUGUACUAGUAAUAGCAAAAAUAGAAAAUACAAACUGUGGGUAGCGUUUCAUGUAUUGAGCAAAUUGCAGAUACGUUACGCUCUUUCGAAUUAACAGUAAGCCAAUGCUUUAACUAGAUUUUGUUGCAAAUGUACAUGUAGCAUAUAUAACACUGCUAUUAACCAAAUAGCAAGAAAACUAGGCAUAAAGGCAUAGACUGCAAAAGAACAUGAAUUGCCAUGAAUUGCUAGCAAAGUGACUACAUUGACCAAGCAACUGUGUCAUUUUCUUAAAUAAAGCAUUGUUGUUUCCUGUAACAUUAUUGCAGUGAAAUAUAUUCCAUGUCCCUAGUCAGUGGUAGCC